CAAGGCGACGGAGGGGCGGGGUAGCGUGUAGUACCUGAAGUGGCGGUUAGUUUGAGAUAGUUUCUUGAGUACCCGCACUGUGUGAGCCUGUCAAGAGUUGAUACCCGGUACUUGGACACUAACGUCUUAGCAGGAGUCCGCUUCCGCGGCCUUAGAAGCAGACUUUUACCUGGUCCGGAAUUACCAGCGGUUCAGCGCUUCGCUUCCUCCUAGAUACCGACAACAGUGCGUAGUUGGACUCUGUCUCAGACCUGGAGUCACAGAUGCCAGGACGUAUGUGCCCCCUCAAGAAACAUCGCAAUGUGGCAGAUUUGCCUCUGGCUCUAAACCCCAUGAAGAGCAAGGACGUAUUGGCAGUGUUGGCAGAGAGGAACCAGGCUGUCGUACCAGUUGGGGCAUGGGUGGAGCCAGCCUCUCCAAAUAGCUAUGAAAUCCCAGCAUAUACUUCAGCAUGUAUAAUUGAAGAAGAACUAAAGGAACAAUUAAGAAGAAAAGAGGAAGCUUUGAAACAUUUUCAGAGACAAGUCAAACACCGAGUCAAUCAACAAAUCAGGCUGAGGAAAAAGCAACAGCUUCAGAAGUCUUAUGAAGCAGCAGAAAAAGGAGGUUCUAUAACCACGCGAUCUUUUGAUCCAGGACAUUUAACUCUUAAAAGGACAAGUGUUUUUCCAAGCAAUUCGAAUGCUGCUUUUGGAAGUUUUAGCUUACCCACUUCCCAGAAGCUUGGGGAUGCAAUAGAAAAUCAAAGUGAGUUGUUUCAACAACAAGCGCAGGCUCUUAGUCAGACCAUGAAACUGGCACGUCACCGGCUGGCAUCCUUUAAAACUGGGAGUGGAAAAAUGGCAGUAGUGUUGCCAAAGGAUAAAAGGAAAGCCUCACUCAUCCAGGAGAAGGUAAAAUUCAAAAAUCCAUUAUUUGAGGUAAUGGAAGAGAAAGAACAAAAUCAGCUGGGCUGUCAGAGUGUUCAGAGUAUUCCACCAGAAUCCCAGGGUGAUUUGAAGAAUGUCCAGAGUGUCACUCCUGAAGAUCAGAGCGUUGAGCCCGAUACCCAGGUUGCUAAGCUAGCAGUUCUGGCUGCUGAGCCAGAAGGCCAGGCUACUGAGACAGAAACUCAGGACAUUAUGGUAAAAGCCUGUAAUAUCGAGCUCGAAGAUGGAAAUACUGAGUUGGGAGCCCAGGAUUUUCUACCCAAAGACCAGGGUAUUCUACCCAAAGACAGUUGUGUUUUCCCUGAAAGUCAGAAUACUCUAUGCAAAUAUCAGGACCAGAAUUUUCUGCAUAAAGACAAAGAUUGUCUACCUACAAACCAGCAUGUUUACUCUGAAGAACAGGAUAUUCCACUCAAAUGUCAGGAUGAGGCUUUUCUAUCUGAAGACCAGGAUUUUUGUCAUAGAGACCAGUGUGUCCUUCCCAAAGACCAGAAUAUUCUGUCCAACUGCCAGGAUCAAGACUUUCUACUUAAAGGCCAGAGUUUUUUACCUGGAAGCCAGUGUGUUCUUCCUCAAAACCAAGAUAUUCUACCCAAAUGUCAGGACCAAGACUUUGUACCUGAAGACCAGUCUUUUCUACGCAGAGACCAGUGUGUUCUUCCUCAAAACCAGAAUAUUUUACCUAAAUGUCAGGACCAAGAGUUUGUACCUGAAGAUCAGUAUUUUCUACCCAGAGACCAAUGUGUUCUCCAAAAUGAAAAUAUUAUACCUAAAUGUAAGGAUCAAGACUGUCUACCGAAAGGCCAAAAAUUUCUCUCCAAAGACCACAGUAUAAUACCCAACUGUCAAGAUCAAGAUCUUCUUCCCAAAGACCAGAGAGUUCUUCCUAAAGACCAGAAUACUCUAGGCCAAUGUCAGAAGCAGAAUUUUCCAUCCAAACAUCAGGGAAACUAUUUCUGUCAGCCAACCUCUGCUUUGACAGCUGAAAGAUGGAAAAAGGAGUGGCCUACAAGUGCCCAGCAGUAUCUUGCACUUUCACUCGGGUUCCAAGGCCAGUCUUCCACCAGUCAUCAGCUAGAGCAGAAGGAAGCAGGGGACCCACAGGAAAACAGAUUUCUCAACCAAACCUCAUCUUUUAUGAGUGAAGAAAGAAUGAAAGAGGAAUCACCUCUAGAUUAUCAUCAGUCUGUUCCAGCUAAGAUCCAGUACGAACCCUCUGGAGAACAGCACAGGAACUGUGGGCCAGCAUCACAUGAUAUGACAAAUGAAAGCGGGAGAAAGGACUUACUUCCAGAGUGUUCUGGACAUGCUUUACAUGAAAUCCAGGAUUGUGGUUCUGCCAGAGAGCAGUUACAUAUUAUACAGAAAGCAUCUGUUGGGACUGCUGAACUACAGCAAGGGAAUUUGCUUGUGGACAACCAUCAGCAUCCUGCACCCAGAGUCCAGAGAGGCCCUUGCAGCGGACCACAGGUUUAUAAGUAUCAGUCAGGAUUGGGUGCUGAAUUCCAAACUUCACUGGCCAAUCAUUCUGGAAUAGAUAAAGAAGAAAGAAAGAAAGAGCGUCAAAAGCAAUACCUGAGACACAGAAGACUUUUUAUGGAUAUUGAGAGAGAACAAGUAAAGGAACAAAAACGGCAAAAGGCACAGCAGAAGAAGCAAAUUGAAAAAAUUAAGCAAAAGAAAGAGCAACAAUGUUUUGUUGAAGAGCAGAGGACCCUAAGACUGGGCUCUCACAGGGCACCGUAUUCAGAGCAGAAGAUGAGUGACCGUUUCAGCCAGUUACAACUUGAAGAAAUGAAAGGUGCCAAAGAGAAGAUGCAACAGAAAGAGAAAGAGUAUGUCAGAUAUGUAGAAGCUUUGCGUGCCCAGGUCCAGGAGAAGAUGAAGCUGUAUAAUAUUACUUUACCUCCGCUGUGCUUCUGUGGUCCUGAUUUUUGGGAUGCUCACCCUGAUACCUGCGCCAACAAUUGUAUUUUCUAUAAAAACCACCAAGCAUAUAGUCGAGCACUGUGUUCCGUCAUCAGCUCCUCUGAUGUCUCUGAAGGACAUUCCACUCUCCGAAACGCCAUUCAUAAUUUUGCUUCUGCACACAGACGAAUUUUGAAAAACAUGUAAGGAGAAUCUCAAAUCAGCUGAAUCAACUGGUAGUGUUUCAGUGUUCAUUUUUAAGUCGGCUCCAAGAAAUUAUUUAGGAAAAGCUGUUAAAGUAUAUAAGAUGUAUUAGCUGGAAAGAAAUAGUAGCCCACAUAAAUACCUCUGUAAUUAGAAUUCUGCCUUGAAACCAAGAUUGAAAGCAGACUUCCUAAACCUGUCUCUUCUUUGCUAUAAUCAUUUAGAACCUGUUAUUUUUAAAACUGAUCAGAAAAGUACAGUUUGCUAUGGUUUGUUCUGCUUAGAUCACAGGAGCUCAUGAGAAAUCUUCCAGAUGAUCUCAUUGUCAUCUUGCUAAAACUGCACUUUUGAGUCUUAAUAUUGUCUAAAAUGUUUAGAUAAAGCAGAAAGGAAAGUGACAAAACAGGUUUCUGAGUACCAGUAGCCAUCUGUAUUGCCAUUAGGUUUUCUAGUCAGGUAUGAUGAUUAAAGAUGAGAAGAAUCUGAAUUUGAUAUAUGUUUUCUUCUCAAAAUUCUGACUCUCCUGGAAUUUUUUUUUAUUGACUUUUUCCCCAUUCCAUGACAUUGGACAUAAGGUUUUUUUUUUUUAAUUUUGUAAUUUUUUGUAUUGCAAAAAGUCAAAUAGACUGUCUAUCUUUUGAAUAUCUUCUGGUAAAAUAAUUGUGAGUUACACUUCAAAGAGUGAACCUGAAGUCAAAGUUAAUGAAGUCCUGUAUUAUUUCCCUAUCUUUAAAAAAUUCUGGCCAGUGACAUGCCUACAAUAAAUGAAAUAAAAAUUGUGA